GUGCCUCUUGGGCUGAUAGAGAGCGUUGAAUGCAGAGAUAUGUUCCAGCUGCACAUCAUCUGUAAGGACUCCAAAGUAGUGAGAUGUCACUUCUCCACCUUCAAGCAGUGCCAGGAGUGGGUAAAGCGUCUGAACCGCUCCGUGGUGCACCCGUCGCGGCUGGAGGACCUGUUCGCCCUGGCCUACCACGCCUGGUGCCUGGGAGGCAGUGCCGACGACGAGGACCAGCACCUACACCUCUGUCGCCCAGGCGAUCACGUGCGACACAGAAUGGAGAUGGAGGUGAGGAGGAUGGGCUUCGACACCCAGAACGCCUGGAGAGUGUCUGACAUCAACUCCAACUACAAGCUGUGCUCCAGCUACCCCCAGAAGCUGCUGGUUCCAGUGUGGAUCACCGACAAGGAGCUGGAGAGCGUUGCCUCCUUCAGGUCCUGGAAGAGGAUCCCUGUGGUGGUCUACAGGCACCAGAAGAACGGGGCGGUCAUCGCCCGCUGCAGCCAGCCAGAGAUCAGCUGGUGGGGCUGGAGGAACACGGAGGACGAGUACCUGGUGACCUCCAUCGCCAAGGCCUGCCAGAUGGACCCGGGGCAGAGGCCCCCGCCCGGGGCCCCGGGGGGCCGGCCCCGCGGGGAGGGCCCCGACUCCACCGACGGAGACUUCGACUCCUCUCUGACGGGGGGCCCUGGCGUGGAGGACAGCCCCGCCGCUCGCCAGAAGCUGCUGAUCCUGGACGCCCGGUCCUACACGGCGGCUGUGGCCAACCGGGCCAAGGGCGGGGGCUGCGAGUGCGAGGAGUACUAUCCCAACUGUGAGGUGAUGUUCAUGGGCAUGGCCAACAUCCACGCCAUCAGGAACAGCUUCCAGGCCCUCCGAGCAGUCUGCAGCCAGAUCCCCGAUCCGGGAAACUGGCUCUCGGCGCUGGAGAGCACCCGUUGGCUGCAGCACCUGUCCGUCAUGCUGAAGGCGGCCACUCUGGUGUGUUCGGGGCUGGAGAGGGAGGGUCGGCCGGUCCUGGUGCACUGUUCGGACGGCUGGGACCGCACGCCCCAGAUCGUGGCGCUGGCCAAGGUCCUGUUGGACCCCUUCUACAGAACGAUAGAAGGGUUCCAGGUGCUGGUGGAGACGGAGUGGCUGGACUACGGCCAUAAGUUCGGGGACCGCUGCGGCCACCAGGAGAACGCGGACGACGUCAGCGAGCAGUGCCCUGUGUUCCUGCAGUGGCUGGACUGUGUGCACCAGCUCAUCAAGCAGUUCCCCUGCCUUUUUGAGUUCAACGAGGCCUUUCUGGUCAAGCUGGUGCAGCACACGUACUCGUGUCUGUACGGAACCUUCCUCUGCAACAGCCGCGAGAGGGAGGCGCGCAACAUCUUCAAACGCACCUGCUCCGUCUGGUCCCUGCUGCGCACCGGCAACAAGAACUUCCAGAACUUCCUCUACAUCCCCAGCCACGAAAUGGUGCUGCAGCCGGUGUGCCACACGCGGGCGCUCCAGCUGUGGACGGCGGUGUACCUGCCCACCACCUCGCCCUGCACCGCCGUAGACGACGCCAUGGGCCUGUUCCUGUCGCCGGGCGCCGCGGGCGACGAGCUCACACCCCGCCCCCUCGACAGGCUUCCCAAGACCCGCUCCUGGACAACCUGGUGUCGGCGUUCGAGAACGGGGUGCCCCUCACGCGCACCUCCAGCGACCCCAACCUCAACAAGCACUGCCUGGAGGGCCGCGCCGCGCCCCGCUGGGCUCCGGCCCCCCGGAGAGCCCCGGGGACGGGGGCUCGGACAGCGAGGACUCGGAGGUGGAGGCCGUCGUCAGGGACCCCCACCGCGCUCCCCCAUGGAGUGUCCCACGGGCGGCGAGACGAGGCCCGCCCCCUGCCUCACCACCCAGCCCCUGCCCUCCCUCGCCCUCCCCCCCUUCCUCCCCCACGGCGAGCCGCUCCCGGCCCCCGUCCUGCAGCAGGCCCUGCCUCAGAGCAACGGCCUCCCCCUCCCGCCGCAGUCCCCCCCGCCCCGGCCUCCACCCCCGCCGCCACCGCCACCGCCCCUUCCUCAGGAGCCCCUCGUCGUCCCCUCCCGGGCGCUCGCCUCCCCCACGCACGGACCGGAGGCGGGCUCAGCCCCGCCCCGUCGCACCACGGCCCCCUACACCUCCGCCCGCACCCCCGCUGUGAGUCUCCUCAACGGCCACUAUGAUGGCCACUCUGAGGACCUCUCCAACGGCGGCCAUGAUGGCCUCUAUUACGGCGGCCAUGAUGGCCUCUCUAACGGCCACUCUAAAGCCCACGCUGAGGGCCUUUCAGGAGGCCUCUCUAAUGGCCACCGUGAAGGUCACCUUGAAGGUCAUCCUGAAGGUCACCCUAGAGGUCAUCCUGAAGGUCCCUGAAGGUCAUCCUGAAGGUCACCCUAGAAGGCACCCUGGAG